UGACACUUGAACACUGGAUGACUGACAGCUGUCCUUCAUCACAACAGAAGACACACAAAUCCUCCUCAUCAACAACAUGACUCUGAUCUGCGUCCUCAUCUGGACUCUCCUCUGCUGCUGCUUCACAGAGUCCAGAGGACAGGUCACAGUGACUCAGUCUGGAGCAGUGAGCUCUGCUCUGGGAGGCUCCGUCACCAUCAGCUGUAAGACCAGUCAGGAUGUUUAUGGCUCUGACCGUUUAGCCUGGUACCAACAGAAAGAUGGAGGAGUUCCUAAACUGCUCAUUUAUUAUGCUAGCAGCAGAGCAUCAGGGAUUCCAGAUCGUUUUACAGGCAGAGGAUCAAAGUCUGACUUCACUCUGACCAUCAGUGGAGUCCAGACUGAAGAUGCAGCAGUUUAUUACUGUCAGAGUGGUCACUACAUCAACAGUCAGUGGUUGUUCACACACAGCAGAGCAUCAGGGAUUCCAGAUCGAUUUACAGGCAGAGGAUCAAAGUCUGACUUCACUCUGACCAUCAGUGGAGUCCAGACUGAAGAUGCAGCAGUUUAUUACUGUCAGAGUGUUCACUACAUCAACAUGUCUGUUCAGGCCUUUCACAGACUCUCACACAGCGGCAGUACAAUGAUCAUGUUUGGGACUCUGCUGCUGGCCACCCUGGGGCUCCUUGUUCAGGGCUCAUCAGGACAAAUCACUGUGGCUCAGUCUGCUGGAUCUCAGUCUGUUGUUCCAGGACAGAGAGUCUCCAUCACAUGUAAAGUCAGUCCAAGUACUAGUUACUGUUUCAACUGGUACCAACAGAAACCAGGAGAAGCUCCCAAACUCCUCAUUUACUGCUCUAGCAGUCGUCAGUCUGGAGUUUCUGAUCGUUUCAGUGGAACAAAAUCUGGAAAUACUGACUUCACUCUGACCAUCAGUGGAGUCCAGACUGAAGAUGCAGCAGUUUAUUACUGUCAGAGUGGUCACUACAUCAACAGUCAGUGGUUGUUCACACAGUGAAAAAGCGUCGUACAAAAACCUCCCUCAGUCAGA